CUCUUUGGUCAUUGCACACAGAAGAAAAGCCUGUGAAUAACAGCUUUGUGCAGAUUGAGUCCGAAAAUACUGUCCCCUUAUUGAUAAGUUGGUGGCAACGGGAGUAGGGCUAUAGCAACUGCAUAAUACCAGGCAUGCGGGACUAUCUAACUGCAACAGUAAACAUUCUGUAGUCGGUGAUUUUUCAUUUCUGGUCGGACUAUUGAUUGUUGUCGUCACCAAACUUCAAAGAAGAGUGAUUCACGUCCAUUUUGUAUCGGCGAUUGGCGAUGGUUUGUAAAGAGAACCACAAACCGAACUGAACUCUCAAAGAUACUCGAGUGAAUUGUUGACCUCAAAACAGAACAUCGGGGACGGAAAUACCAAGAGGGCUUGCAUGUACAGUAGGCCUAUUCAACUUGUGUCUUACUUCACAACAGAGAAAGAAUACACAUAUCUUCAGAGGAAUCUCAUUAACUGUUGGAAGAAAUUUAAGUAUAUCCGGGAUUUUUGUUACGGACGAUACGGCAUGACGGACACGGCAGAAGUCAACGGUGCCCAGCCCGACGGGGUUACGGAUCCCACCCGCUCACAGAAAACCUCGGAGUUUGUCCUCUUACUCAAAGACAGAGAGGCUCUGAAAGCAUCCCUGGAAGGGAAAGAAAAGGAACUCAACAGCACAAAAGCAAGGCAUUUUGAACUCCUUCAGCAAGUCGACAAAUUAGAAAAAGAGCUUUCGGAGUUAAAGACAUUGAAGAAAGCUGAUAAAGACGCUAGGAAGUUAUCGGUCAAUGCACAGUCGCAAUCUACCAGCCCUACUGGCACGCCAGUCUCUACGCCCAAGGGUGGGAGGAAAGUUCGACCGAAGACUGCCAAACACGCCAACUCAAGACAGAAACCAAGAAAGGCUGGCAAACCUCCCACGAUAGAAGUCACCUCAGCAUCAGAAGCGACCAAAGAAGCACAUCUCAAAGAUACAUACAAGUAUUAUGAGGAAAUUGCAUCGACAUAUCCACAUUUAAAGUUGUCCGUUUUACUUGCCGCAGAGAAGAAAUUCGUUGAAGCUGAUGUCAACAAAGAUGGGACCAUUGACGCCGAUGAACUAGAAGCGAUAUUAGAGUCCAGCAGUUUACUGUUCACUAAACAGCAAGUGCGAGAUAUCGUGAAACAGAUCGAUAAUGAUCAGUCCAGUGAUCUGGAUUUCAUGGAAUGCUUGGCGGUAAUUGACCGGUUACAUCAAAACAAAAAGACGAACUUGCCGACAACACUUGAGCAAAAUAAAAGCACAGUGUGUGUCAUCCAGUAGGCCUCAUCAUGGCGUGUUCCGUAGAAGUGUGCCGCCUGUGGUCGGGUGCAGGAAGUUCAGACUCUGUGGUUGAGCCGAAGUGUUUAAAAUGCCGUUUAGUUUUGAUAUAAUAACAAGAAUGGACGAUCAGGUGACUACGUGUCACGUGGUAUGUGAACACUCGCAUACAGGCUGCUUUAAAUGUAGUAAAAAUUUGGCAUUUGGCAUAAGUCCAACGCCUCAUAGGUCCGACGCCUCAUAAGUCCGACGCCUCAUAAAUCCGACGUCGGAAAAACGAGGCGAAACAGUUUUUGGGGCAAGGGCCGGGUCGACGCUACGGGCGUAAAUUGGGGGGAGGAGGGGG